AUGUCAGUAAAUAUUGUUGAGAUUGUUCCCUAACGUCUUUAUUGGUACUCUGCUGCCAACCCACCUGAGUACGAGCCCAGCACCUAUUAUUUUUCAACUGAUAAUGAUUUGGUUUAUGAGAGAGUUAGCGAGUACGGCCCUCUAAAUCUUUCUCAAAUUUACUCUUUCUGUUCUUAGCUUGAUGAAAUUUUUACAGAUCCAAAAUAUUAGACUACAACUUUGAUUCAUUAUACUUCUUUGAAUUAAGUUAAAUAGACUAACUCUGUUCUUCUAAUUUGCGCAUAUUAAGUUUUAUGUUUGAGAUACAGCCCUGAAAAGGCUCUGUAACAAUUUGAAAAGAUUAUCCCAGAAUUAAAGCCCUAUCAUGAUUCCCUAAAUUAUCCUUACUAAUGCACACUACUUGAUUGUAUGAGAUCCCUCCAAAAGGCUUAACAGUUGGGAUGGUUUGAUUUGAAGACUUUUGAUCUUGAGAGAUACUACGAGCUUAUGAAAUACGACAUUUCUGAGAUAAUACCUAAAAAAUUCUUCGCAUUCAGAGGUCCAAGAGAUGAAACUGAUGAUUUAACUCUUCCUCCUUCUGCUUACAUAGAGCCCUUUAAAAAAGAAGGUGUGUAGCUCGUUGUUAGAUUGAAUAACUCAGACUCAUAUAACCCCCAACCCUUCGUUGAUAAUAAGAUAAAUCAUAUAGAUUUAUUCUUUGAGGAUGGUUCAAUACCACCAAGAAAUAUAGCUAAUUAGUUUUUUGCCUUAUCAGAAAGAGCUCUUGAGGAGAAGAGUAACUGCCCAAUCGCUGUUCAUUGCAGAGCUGGUCUUGGUAGAACUGGCACAUUAAUAGCUCUAUAUUGUAUUAAACAUUAUAAAUUCACUGCUGAAGAAAUCAUAGCCUACACCCGCAUGGCUCGUCCUGGUUCAAUCCAUGGUCCACAAAUGAUGUACUUACAAAGUUAUGACAAAUCUAUUUAAAUGCAGCGCUCUUAUUCAAAUAACAUCCGCAUCUCCAAAGUAAUUUCAUACUAAAACGCUAAAAAAAUAGUUGAAAAAAGACUUUCUAUGGAUUAAGAAGGUUUUAAAAAUAUCCCUUUAAUUACAAAUCUCUCUAUGAGCAAUUCAUUCAAAACACCCUUGAGAGGAUCUUUAGCAACAAAAACAACAGCUGGUACGCCUGUGUCUCGUGGCUCUAACAGCUCUCUCUCUCCUUCUAAAACACCUGUAAAUAAUGAAAACCUCCGAAAAACAGUAUAAGUUUCUUCAAAAUAGAAUGAAAUUAGUUAAGCUGCUGGUGUUUAAGCAAAUCCAAGCUAAAAUAUUUACUCUUCCAUAUAUACAUAGUUCUAAAAUACUGCCAGCGCUAAAAAUCUUUUGUAAUCAAGAAAUCUCCUCAGGUCCAAUUCUAUUUCUAAAAAAGCUCUCUCUCCAAAAAAAAAAGUUACUUUCCUAAACAAUUUUUCUGCGGCCAUUAAAAGAUACGAGCCUACUCCAAUCAAGGUUUGA